GUCACGUUAGUUUCUGUCUGACAGAUCCCCCACCAUGUUUGUGGCUUUGGUACUGCUGUGUCAACUCCACACGACGGUGUUUGCGUUUCCGCACUGCGCAGAGAAAUUAAGUGACCUGAAGCACCCGGAUUCGAAAGAUGUGUUCACAUCAGCAAAGGAGGCUAAUUUAUUCAUUGGACGACAUCUUCUGUACAACAGAUUUGAUUUUGAAGCAUUCACACCGGAUAACCUGGAAAGAGAAUGCUUUGAAGAGCAGUGCAAUUAUGAAGAAGCCAGAGAAGUAUUUGAAGACCCUGAUAAAACGAUGGAUUUUUGGAAAGAGUAUUUAAGUAAAGGCCCUAAAAUAAAAACAGGUGAUGAAGCACUACAAAAGAUUAAUGUUACAGGACUUCUCAUCAGUCUAGUUGCUGCUGGAGUAAUAUUAGUCAUAAUUGGACUGCUUAUCUUCUACUGCUGCAGAAGUAGAUGCAAAUCAAGGCAACCACCAGGGCACUUGGAUUAUGUAAGAAGUAGAAGACGUAAUUCUACCAGCAUCUUCAGAAGGCAUGAAGAAUUUUCUUUAAAUCCACUUCCUCUCAGAACUGAUGAAUCAGGACUACCAACUUAUGAGCAAGCAGUUACUUCAGGUGGACAGCACGAUGUACCACCACCCCCUUACCCAGGGCCCCCAAAAGGGGCACGGGUGUUUAGAAAGUCCAUGUCACUCCCUGCCCCUUAGCUACAACCCUCCUUCUGGUGAGAGGGGGUAUUACUGAAGCAUAACAUACUUUUUUAAAGUGCGCUACCUUGCAUAUUGCAAGACAGUUUACAAAAAUGUGAAAGAUCUUUAGCAUAACUAGGAGCAACUGAAAAUCCCAUUUGGGAGAAGUGAUCUGUUACAACGACUGCUGGACUAUUCUUUGCAUGAGGUUAUUGCGCUAAGAUGAGGGAAUGUAUCAAGAUUAAGUCUUGUACUGUUACACUCUUCCACAUGCACUUUGAGCCAUCCCAUCAUACUAUUGAUGUUUCAUUAAUAGUUUCAUCUUGUUUCUUUAGAAGGAACAGUAUUUUAAUUGGUUUCAUAGACACUAACCAUUUUUGUGACUUGAUGCUUUCAAUCGCUAAGAAAUCUACUUUAUUUUUUGAUGUAUUCACUUUACUGCUGUGUAAUUUUCUAUUCAUUCUAGUAAUAGAUUUGAGUAUAAAAAUUAUUUCAUGAGUUGAUCAAGUGUAAAUGUGUUACUACUUCUGGAAUACAUUGGCUUGUUUUAGACAUUGCUGGUUAA